UGGUUUUGUAUACUUCGUUGAUCAUUCAGAUGUUCGCUUUGCUCCUUAGACCUAGACUGGUAAGCGAGAAUGAAGUAUGGGGAUCGACAGACUAGGCAAUCCAGUUACUAUCUCGCAUCCUUGGUGUUAGCCUGUGCAGCAUGGUUCAUAGCCCUCGUCCCACAGGCGCUCCUAACAUCAUCUGUUGGACACGAAGCAGUCGGUGUAUUAUGGUUUGCUACGAUUAUCCAGUUUUUUGUCACUGUUGGCGUCGCGCGCACGUUCUACACCGGAGGAAUGUGCCCUCAUCGACACCAAAUAGCCAUCUUCGCGUCCAUAGCCGUGGUUUUCGGAGUCAUUGGGGUGGAUAGGACAGUAUACUCGAAUGAUCAACGCCAACGAGCCAUGGCAGCAGGUUGGAUCAUCCUGUCUAUCAUAGACAUUCUUUGGGUCCUCCAUUUUUCUAGAGAUACUGGGACAUCCGGGGACCUAUCUCGAGCCCUUCCAGAAGCGGAGCCGUUGUCUAUGAGACCCUCUUCCAGCUCAAGUCAACAGUAUACUACAUCCAAUCAGUCAAACCCACCUGGCGACGCCAUGGUCGGAAAGCACACGAAUCCGCUUUCUCCAUUACCGACCGAGGAGCACCAGACUUCUAGUCGAACACCGGACGCGGCUUCUAACGUUAACAACUCUGCUGGCAAUAGUCGAGACCCAAGCGAUGUCGCUACACCUUUCCAACCUACGCGCCCACAUGCACCAACAAAUGCCAGCGAUCUCACAUCAUUGUUGACUGUCACGGAGAGCUUUACUAGCGGUACCACCACAUCUCCAAGCAUUGUCCCGGAGUAUUCAGUCCGCGCCCAAGCGCUUUGGACGUAUCAAGCAUCACCGGCUGAUGCUGAAGAACUUAGCUUCACCGCUAACGAGAUUCUUUACGUUUCAAGGACACCUAAAGGAAAGUGGUGGGAAGCAAGAAAGAUGGACGGAUCCAGGGGCAUCGUGCCUUCCAAUUAUCUACACCUCUUGCCAUCAUGAAUUUACACAAUUGUGUAGGAUGUGUAGGAUAUCUAUUUAAGAGCGGGGGUGUCGAAAGACCCGCUGUAAGUGCACGAGGCACUGCGCUCGACCUAUAGUGUUGUAUUGAUAGCGUCUACAAGUUUCUCGUGACAUGAACGAAUCCUUGUUUGGUUUAUGCCUUUAAUAACCCGGGUUUUCAUCAGCCU